CAACGGAAUAGGACGCAAACAUGGCGGAGAGCAUGCAGAGUACGGAUGACGUCAUGGCGGCUGAUGUCCUCAUCCUCCACAAGAAGAUCACAGCUGCUUUUGAAGCGUUUGACUACAACACGAGCAGCGCAGUGGAUGUGCGGGAGAUUGGCACCAUCAUCUAUUCACUGGGUUGCUUUCCCACUCAGAAAGACAUACAUGAGUUUAUAGCUGAGGUAGAAGACAAUCACACAGGAUGUGUCCAUCUGGACAAGUUUCUCCCAGCCAUGACCCAAGUACUGCUAGAGCACAAGUUUCCUCCUAUCCCUGAGGACACUCUGCUUCAAGCCUUUGAGGUUCUGGACAAAGACGAGAAGGGUUACAUGAAUUCUGAGGAUAUUACUGAGCUCAUGACUAAAGAAGGUGACACCUUCACGCAGGAGGAGAUGACGGAGAUGCUGACAGCUCUUGCUGAUAAUGAGGAGAAGAGAAUCUAUUACAAUGAUGCAAUCAGCCAGUUGACCUUUGACCCAGACAUGUAACCAGGGUUAGUGUGUGCAUGUUAAUGGUUUGUGUUCAUGUUGAUGUUUUACAGACAAUGAAUGGACAAACAUGUUCAACUUAAA